UCCUUGCCACGCGCCACUAUUGACCACGGUACAGUCAUGAUGAACGAUUCAACGUAUGAGUUAGCUGGUAUUGAUGAUGUACAGAAGAAGCCAGGCAAUAAUGGAUCGUGUAUUAGAAUUGGCAUUGUGAUGAUUGGUGUAGGAUUUUGUCUUGGCAUCGGCAUCGCCAUUGGCUAUGGAAUUGGCUACAAUGAACCAAGUUUUGAACCAGAGCUCACAGACAACGUGGUGAAACCAAUGUCGUGGUUAUCUACACCGUGUGAAAUUUAUUCAGAACCACUAUGUCCCUCCACAUUUACCCGGCGACCGUUGCUUCUUGUUAGCUUAGAUGGGUUUAGAGCUGAGUAUUUACUAAGAAACUUUACACCAAAUAUUAAAAAACUAAGUGAAUGUGGCGUGCACGCUCCAUAUAUGUUUCCUGUAUUUCCAUCGUACACGUUUCCCAACCAUUACAGUAUUGUAACAGGUAUGUACCCGGAGUCGCACGGUAUUAUCGCCAAUAGUAUGUACGAUCCAGAUAUGGGCGAGUCAUUUAGUUUAGAUAGUGAACAAAAAUUCAACCCACAAUGGUGGAACGCCGCUGAACCGAUCUGGGUUACAGCGAUUAAUAACGGAUUAAAAACUGGUGGAUUUUUUUGGCCCGGGGAAGAUGUCGAGAUAAGAGGUGUACGUCCAACAUACUAUCAUCGAUAUGACGGAGCUGUUAGUUAUGAACAGCGAAUAGACGAGGUGUUAUCCUGGCUAACCCUACCCGAAGAGAAGAGACCAGCUUUCAUGACUGCAUAUUUUGAGGAACCAGACGGUGCUGGACAUGAUUUUGGGCCAUAUGCUGAUGAGGUGGACGCCAUGUUGCAAUAUAUGGAUACUGUUAUAGGGGCUCUAAUGGAUGGAAUAAUGAAUCUACAGCUCGAUAAAUGUGUUGACAUCAUUAUUUUGGCAGACCAUGGAAUGGCUCCCCGAGACUGUAGUCGAGUCUUUUUCCUGCAUGACUAUAUUAACACGUACGAUUACUACAUAAGAUAUGGCGCCAUCACACGUCUUGAUCCUAAAUGGGACGCGGUAAUAUCCGACCCAGAUGAAAUUGUGGCUUCCUUCCAGUGUCAGGAUCCGAAUAUCACCAGUUACGUUAAAUGGGACUUACCAAAGAAUUGGCACUAUGCCAACAAUGUACGAAUUGAGCCAUCAAUAGUGGUUGCUGACGUAGGCUGGACUAUUUCCGGGAGAAAUGACAGUUCUUACAAAGAAGAAUACUGUAGUGGUGGUACCCAUGGCUUCAACAACAAAGGAAUACAAAUGGAGUCUUUGUUUCUCGCCCAUGGACCAUCAUUUAAACAGAAUAUGGCCAUCGAUCCAUUCCUGGCAAUAGAAUUAUAUCCAUUGAUGACAGAGAUAUUAGGUAUACCUGAAUCGAGGAACAACGCCACCACCGGUAGCCUGAGUCACAUAUUACGGAAUCCCAAGCCUCUGGUAGCACCAACAUUAAUUGUACAAGAAAAAACUGCCUGUACAUAUCCAGCUGACUAUGAGGCGAGAAUACUAGAGGAUUCUUCCGGAUGUACUUGUGACGCAGUUGCGGAUUUGGAGGUAUAUGACAGUAGACUCGAUCUGACACAAACUGAAGUCACGGAUUCGCAUGCAAAACAUCUUCCAUUUGGGGUACCUAACAUCAAUUUUACAGAUUCCAUACAUUGCAUGGUUACACAGUACGAGUACGUGGGCGUGGUGGACAAUCUCCACAAAGUACCACUCUGGAUGGCAUAUACUUUUGACAGACAGGUAGACGGCGGUGUACGACAUUCUUUUCCCGAGAACUGUGUAAGAGCCGAUGUGCGUGUGGAUGAUGCAAACACUGCUAGUUGUGCUGAUUACAUUGGUUCUGCCUAUCAAACCGGAUUUCUCGCGACACCAGGUCUCUGGGAAAAACUCGACCAACAGAUGGAUGCUCUCAUAACAUCAAAUAUGGUGCCUUUCUCAACAAAAUAUAUAGCAGAUAUAUGGACGUACUUGACUGAGAAAAUAAUAAAGUGGGCUGAUUUGUACAAUGGUGUCAAUGUCAUUGCGGGACCGAUUUUUGACUAUAGUUUUGAUGGACUUAGAGAUGAUGCACUAUUAAGAUUGAAUUAUACAGACAGUGUGAAGUUUGGGUCUGGCAGUUUGGUGCCCAGUCACCAUUUCGUCAUAGUUACCCGUUGUCCUGGGGAAACACAGUAUGGUGUUGAGUGUGCCGAAGAUCUUGAAGUACUCCCGUUCAUAGUCCGUAAUAGUGAUGGCAUUGAAACUUGUCAGGAACCAGAUCGUUACCUACAACUAGAGCUGGCAACCGUGAGAGAUAUUGAAUUACUCACAGAUCUCCACUUCUUCCCGGAUCUUUCGCUAGCAAAGGCAAUUCAACUGAAAUUGUUCACUGCAAGAACCCUUUGGCCUAGUAGCUAAACUUCGCAGGAUAAGACAUCGACAUGCUACGGUCAUUAAUUUUGCCGCGCACCAACGUAAUAUACUUUUAAUACAAGACUAUUAAAGAACACAAUAUGAUCUCUAAAAUGAUUUGAUUUUACCAAUUGUAUGAGUAAUUACUAAUGUGUAUAUUCCAUAUUUACAUGAACCCGCC